CAAGACUGAAAACAACAAAAGGGAGGAAUGGAGCUGAAAUGUUCUUCUGCUGUGUUCGUCUUUAUCGCAACAGUUGCCUUAUCCCUCUCAAAUGUUAACGAAGGACAAAAUCCAAAAUGUGAUUUAUACAAAUUGCCUGGAUGUCCAAGAGACUUACACCCUGUUUGUGGGACAAAUGGAGUCACAUAUUCAAAUGAAUGCAUGUUGUGUUACUUUAACAGAAUCCGUGGUGAGGACGUUAAAAUAAAGCGGAUGACAGAAUGCUGAUUGAAUCACACAAAUCAUGGAGAACUCCAAGUUGUCCCUUUAAGCCCACGGUCUUUACAUAUACAUUAUUGGUGUAAACUAAC